AGCUAGAGAGAGUGCAGAGCGGGAGACGAAGCGAGGAGAAACGUGCAGUUGAAGUGACAAAGGAGAAGUCAAUCAAGGUCACAGUCAAGGUGCUGGUGCCGACGAGGGAACACCCCAAGUUCAACUUCGUGGGCAAGCUCCUCGGACCGAAGGGCAACUCCCUGAAGCGGCUUCAGGAGGAGACGAUGACGAAGAUGGCGAUCCUGGGCCGCGGCUCCUUCAGGGACAAGGCGAAGGAGGAGGAGUUACGUAAGAACCCCGACCCCAAGUACGGCCACCUUCAGGAGGACCUGCACGUGGAGGUCACGGCGCACGCCCCUCCUGCCGAGGCCUACGCCAGGAUCGCCUACGCCCUCACGGAGAUUCGCCGCUACCUGGUGCCGGACCGCCUUAGACCUCCUGGGCAAGGCAAGGGACCCAAAUGGAGAUCCCAUUAUGCUGGCCACCGUUCCUUCUGGGCCUCUGAAUGCUACUCCCGUGAACCCUGUGACUCCGUAUCUCGCACCUGAUCAGUACACAGGCUACAGCUUGACAGUUGGUAUGCCACUCUACGAGGAGUACGCAGAUAUGACCAGCAUCCAGACGGAGUAUGACGGAUCGACCACCAUCGUGAACGACUCAGACAAGAAGGACGGUGGCUUGAAAGCAGGAGCACAGGUCGCGCGUGGACGUUUUCGCCAUGAACCCUACCGCCGCCUGCCUGUAAACGUUCCAGCCUAAACGUUUGUUGGGGGUCACCUUACAAAGUACAUGUUUCGUGCUCUUAGCGUGUGUUAAAGCGGCUGGGUUGGGGAGCUGGUUGGUCGGCUCCGAAGAAGUGAAGGAGGAGGUGGUGUCGAGUUUGGUGUUGUGAGAUAUGGUGCGUCGAGAAUGUCAGAGAGAAAAAUUAAGAAAGAAACAUGAGAGAAAAUGUAUUUUUUAGAAUGGAAAAAUGAAUGAUUUUUUUUUUUGGCUUGUAGAAAACGGAAGUGAUACUUCCUUUUCCAUGGAGAAAAAAA